UUGGUCACUUGAAUCAUGUCAAGCCAGCAAUUCUACCUCUUAGGAGAAGCGGCAUCGUCCGCCAAAGCCAUUGAAGUCGACACCAAGUCAAGUGUUGAACAGCUCAAGAACCUUGUCGCCGCCCACUUUGCCAUUGUCGAGCCAAAUGGAAUCGGGUUCCAAGCAAACAAUGAAUACCUGAUGGAAAUCGCCGACAUCGUUGCCGCCACAGAACCAAUAGGCAUUAGUAUCGAUGGCAGCGGUGUACGGGAACCCGAAGGCCCCAGCGGUCUUCCAUACGUGGGUAACUACCUCGAGGUGUAUCCCGACCACCUUGGCAACCACCAGCGCCUGUUCGACCGAUACGGCCCAAUCUUCAAGACGACCAACCUUGGCCGUAUAACAUAUCAAACAAACGACCCUACAAUCUCCGCGAUCGUCUUCUCGGAGUCGGACUUCUUCUCUAAGAAAAUCAACGAAGCACACCCACUCCAUGCGCUCAAGACGCCUGCUGCUGGUGUCUUCUUAGGCGACACUGACACGCCCGAGUGGAAGGUAGCACAUAAGUUCUUGCCGCCAGCCCUUGGACCUAAGGCAGUGCGACACUAUGCGCCGACGAUGCAGCGGACAGUUGAAGAUGCGUUUACGGUAUUCGACGCCCUUGACGAGGGUGACCAGGCAUGGAACGUGUACCAGUAUAUGUUAAAACUGGGCUCUCAAGCCGUUGGGAAGUUGACGCUUGGACUGGACUUCCAACACUUCACAGAGCCCGGUGCGCCGGUUCAUGAGAUGGUACAUGCCAUUGCUGAGCUGCUAUCACUUAAUAAGGAGGUUACCUCCAAGGGUGACUGGUACGGCAAGUUGCCAUUCGGAGCGCCCAAGAGGCUGCGGAACUUGAAGUCACGGAUCGAGGAGAUGGUGCAAGAGUCUAUCAAUAGCGCAGCACGAGGAGGAAUUACCGACUUGCCGCUCCAGGAGGCAGCUCUGGAGGCUUCUAACAUGGUUGACUACGCUAUCCGCGCUACAGAUAACAAAGGCGAGAAACUACCAAAGGAGAGCCUAGUCUGGGCCCUCGUCGUGGCAACGGCAGCUGGAUUCACCACAACCAGCUCUCUCCUCUCAUGGCUGAUAUACGGUCUCGUCACAUACCCGGGGAUGCAGGAGCGACUCCUCCAAGAACUGGUCGACAACGGCAUCACAGAAGACACCGAGCUCACGGCCGAAAUCACGGACAAGCUCGUCUUCCAAGACAAAUUCAUCAAGGAAACACAGCGCAAACACAACCCAUCCUUCCAGCCCGGCCGAACCGCAAAGGCCGACUUGGUUCUUCCUGGCGGCUACAAAAUCCCGAAAGACUCGGUUGUUAUUCCUGCGCUUCACCAUAUCCAUAAUAACCCUGAGAUAUGGGAUAACCCGGCCCGAUUCAACCCUGACCGCUGGGAUACGCCUGAAGUGAAGGGGAGACAUAAGGCGGCGUAUAUCCCGUUUGCGAUGGGGCAGCGCAUGUGCAUUGGGUUUAACUUUGCGCUGCAGGAGGUGAAGAUCUUCUUGCCGAAGCUGAUCUAUCGGUAUAACUUUGUUCGAGAGGGGAAUGGGCCGAUUGAGUAUGAUCCCAUGUUCCAGUUGAUUCGACCGAACAACUUGUAUACUUUGGACUUAUUUUGCAUCACCACCAUACAUACCAUGCAUCCAACCUGGUCACCACCAAAUGACUACCAAAACCGCCCUGUCGCGGUUCUGGGUGCUGGAGUCCUUGGAAGGAGAAUCGGCUGCAUCUGGGCCUCUGCCGGCUACAACGUCCACCUGCGCGACCCCAGCCCCGAGCAGCUUACCGCUGGCAUCGCCUAUAUCGACCAAGAAGUGUCAGCCUACGCAACCAAGACCGGUAGAUCACCAGGCAAAGCACAACCAUUCACAACUCUCGAAGAUGCCGUAGAAACAGCGUGGCUGGUGAUCGAGGCCGUCCCCGAGAAACUCCCACUCAAGAUCUCGACCUUUGCUGAGUUAUCGGCUUGCGCGCCGAAGGACUGUAUCCUAGCUUCCAACUCCUCGUCAUACAAAUCAUCGGAGAUGCUGGAUAAAGUUCCCGAGGAAGUCAAGCCGCGCAUCUUGAAUAUGCACUACUAUAUGCCGCCGAAGUGCAUGAUCGUUGAACUGAUGACGGACGGGUUCACCAGUGAGGAGAUUUUCCCGUUCAUGGUUGAGAGGUGUCGUGAGGGCGCGACAGCGCCUUAUGUUGCAAGAAAGGAGUCGACGGGGUUUAUAUUCAAUCGUCUUUGGGCGGCUGUGAAACGCGAAGUACUUACUAUCCUGUCUGAGGGAGUGUCUGUGCCUGAAGAGAUCGACGCUAUGUGGGAGACUAUGUUUAUUGAAGGGCGUAGCUUGCCUUGUAAAAUGAUGGAUCAGGUCGGUCUCGACACCGUCGCCUUCAUCGAGCAGCACUACGUGUACGAACGCAGCCUAUCCUCCGAAAAGACCGUCGACUACUUAACAACAAACUACAUCGACCAGGGCAAACUCGGAAACAAAUCGGCCAAGGGCGGCCUGUAUCCUCCAACCCAACCAGAGACAAACGAGCACCGUAUUCUAGCCCUGGACGUCGGACUUGCGGCAUCAACUGCUACCACAUCUGUCGGAACACCAGUGGGCCAGAUCCUCUCCUUCACCCCGGAUGGAACGCAGCACUCCGCACUAGUUGAUCAGCAGCUUCUCCCAGACGGAAUCACGGUGGAUUACGGCACAAACCGUCUUUUCUGGACAAACAUGGGUAUUCCGGGGCGAUUGGACGGGUCGGUAUGCUCUGCCUCGCUAGAUGGAAGCGACAUCCGUACAGUCAUUGAACCUGGGACGAUAAACACACCUAAGCAACUCACCAUCGACAGAGAGGCCAAAAAACUGUAUUUCUCUGAUCGAGAGGGGUGCGCGGUGUAUCGGUGCAGCCUCGACGGGUCAGAGCUCGAAAGAUUAGUCUCACGACCGCAGAAGACGGACAGCCCAUCGGACGUGCGGGACUGGUGUGUUGGAAUUGCCGUCUCAGGACAGUAUAAUAGGUUCUACUGGACGCAGAAGGGGGCACCGAAGAGCGGGAAGGGGAGGAUAUUCAGCGCGCCUAUUGAUGCGCCGCCUGGUGUCCUGGAGAACGGGUGUGAUGAUAGCGAACUGUGUAUUUUAAGUGGACUCCCUGAGCCGAUUGAUCUGGAGGUUGACGAGGAGAGGGGCGAGCUGUACUGGACAGACCGGGGAGAGUUGCCUUUCGGCAAUGCGCUGUACCGAGUCAAGCUAAGCGAAGAGGGGAGCCCAGUAGGAAAGCCCGAGAUUGUCACGCGCGGCCUUCAUGAGGCGAUCGGAUUGAGUGUCGAGAAGUCUGGCGAUAUUGUUUUGACCGACUUGGGUGGGAGUAUCUAUCGCUGUGACCGCAGUGGGAAGAAGGAGGUUUUGUAUAGCGAGGAUGGACGGGCCUUUACCGGUGUUCUUAGCAUUUGAUAUAUACAGAUAAAAUUGGGUAGCUGCAGAUAAAUGCCCCAUAUUGCAUUAUCGCAAUGGGUCUGGUUAGAAAUGUAAUUCUCCUGGUAGCAAUAUCUCCGCAUUCCACGUCUGAUAUCAAAGG